CAGCCUUUUAGCUACAAUUUGCUGCUUACUCAUUUUCAACAAGCGGACCAUAAAAAAUGGAAAAACCUCCUCAAAUUCGCCGAUUUCAUGAGCUUCCAUCGGCUGAGGAAUUCGCUUCCAGGAUUGAGCCCAGAAAUGUUCCGGCUGUGUUCAGUGGCUGCGUAAAGAGCUGGAAAGCGUUUUCUAAAUGGGACAUGUCGAGUGGCGGUCUCGAUUACUUGCAGGAAUUGGUGGGCUCAUCCGUUGUAGGGGCUAUGAUAUCCAGUUCUGCGCCUGUAUUUUAUGGAGAUAUAAGAAGUCAUGAAAGGGUUCCACUGCCAUUUUCUACAUUUAUUAGAUACUGCAAAGAUCUUUUACAAUCUGGUGUUGGUGCCCAAGACUCCAAUUCUCCUUUAAGGAAGCAUAAACAGGAGGAACAUAUUGCCCAACAUGGAAAUCAAAUUACAGAAGGAGAAUGUUCUCAGCAAAUAUAUUUAGCGCAGGUUGUACCAAUUAUGAAUGCUGAAAAUGAAGAGAAUGCUCAGUUGGAAUGGUUAAGAGAAGACAUUGAAAUCCCUGUAUUUCUGGAUGGCAAGAAACUUGCUUCCAUCAAUUUGUGGAUGAACAGUGCUAGGACUCGAUCUAGUACUCACUAUGAUCCGCACCAAAAUCUUUUAUGCAUCAUUUCAGGAUGUAAACAAGUUGUUUUAUGGCCUCCUUCAGCUUGUCCCUUCCUGUAUCCGUUGCCCUUAUAUGGAGAAUCUUCGAAUCACAGUGCCAUUCCUUUAGAGAAUACCAAUUUUAGUCUCUACCCAAGGGCCAAGUUGAUGGAUGAGUACUCCCAGAAGGUUAUCCUUCAUGCAGGUGAUGCUGUCUUCAUUCCUGAAGGAUGGUUCCACCAAGUGGACAGUGAGAAUUUAACUAUUGCUGUAAAUUUCUGGUGGCGGUCUGACAUUAUGUCAAGCAUGUCAGAUCACAUGGACGCAUACUAUCUACGUAGAAUAUUGAAAAGGUAUGUUCCAGCAUCUAGACUAUGGUCCUUGGUUGUUCGACAGGACCGGAUGCUAGGUAAGCCGUCACAUGCUGUCAAUAAAAACAUCGCUGUGCAUGGUCAGCCUAGUAAUGGCAAUGCAGUUCACCAUAACGAUGAUACCAUGGAUAGGAAGGAUAUUGCGGCAAGUGGUCAGCCUGGUAAUGAUAAUGAUGAUCUAGUCACAACUCUUUCUACUCCUUCAAUUUGCUGGAUCUGUUUUCUCUAUUUUGCUUCACUUGAGAAAUCUUGUUGGUUUAUUAUUAAUAAUAGUUUGUUUUGGGAAUACAACGUCAACAUGUCAGGUCACCAAAAAGAAGAUUUGUGUCUAAACAAUCGGACCGCGACUGUGAAAGAAAAUGAGCAAGAAUUUUCAUUGCAUGAGCUACAACCACAUGCACUUAAAUCUCUCCAUGAACUUGUUUCAUUAGUCCAUAACCUUGUAAACCAGAACCAAUCACUAAGCAUCAUUUCAGCGGAUCGAUCCAUUAGCUGCCCAGUUGAAGAAGAUGAAGUCAAGAGAAAUAUUAAAACAGACAUAUAUAAUUUGGAAGCUGAUGCAAUUGCUAAUGUUGUUUGGAACCUCGAUCCAUGUACCUUUCGAAGCGUCUUUCUCGCCAUGGCACACAAUUUUCCGAGGACACUGGAGGCUUUGGUCAUGCAUGGUCUCUCAUCUGUGGGUGCAGAAGUUCUUACCAGGAAAUUUGAGCAGAUGGAUCAAGUUAUUUCCGAAGAUGAUAGGAGUCAAUUUUACCAGAAAUUUUAUAGUGUGUUCGAUAAUCAGUUCUCUGCCAUGGAUACUCUCCUAAAUGGAAAAGAGUCAUUUGCACGCCAGGCAUUCAACAAUGUGCUGGUCCAUUACUUGGGUACUAAUCUUGAUAGGGCAAAACCAUCUGUGGAAUAGAAAUCACCAACUAAUUUUGAACUGCCCAUGUCGCAUGUAACUACCCUUGGCUUGCAAAUCACAUCAAGAUGAAGGAUUUUCUUUCAAAUUGUUCAUGUCUAACGAGAUUACUGAAAAACAUAGUACAUUCAAAUGGAGCCAUAAAUGAGCCGAGCCGAGCUUUGAGGUCUUGAUUCUUGAGCUCGGGCAUGACCCCUUAUCGAGUUGGGCCAGCCCAAUACCGAGCCUUAAUGAGCCGAGCUUGAGCUUUAACGGGCCGAAUUAUGCUAAAGUUCAGGAAAUUACGUAAAAAAAAACCAUAUUGGUUCGUUACACAACAAGCUCUAAAUGAGCUCGAACUCAACUUGUUUAUCAACUAGCCGAGCUCAUGAGUGGCUCGUUUCGUUUAACAGAUCUGCUUUCGAAUUAGGAUAAUUAACUCCACAGAUACUUGUUUCUCUUCUGCUUCCGAAUUAGGAAAAUUCCACAAAUACUUGUUUGUCUUUUAAUUAUUGCAUUCCGUAGCUGGGGUUAUUUGUAAAAUUUAAUAUACAGCUGGGAACAAUUUUGUAUUUACAUCUUUGUUAUUUUUGUCACCAUCUGCUUAUGAGUCGAGG